AUGUCUUUCUCUAAUCUCUCACGCGAACUUCGGGGCCUCAUCUACCAUGCACUCUUAUGUCCACCGGACGGCGUCCGCCUACACCUCAAAUGCGAGGCUAUGUUGAGAAAGAAUGAAGCGACCAAGAUAUUCUACGAGACAGGCGAGAGUGAAGAGGAAGAAGAGGACGAGAAUGAAGAAGUGGAUGAUGGCAAGGACAUCAAGAUAUGUGGGAACAGCAAUUCCUCCGCCUCGGCGGUCACACCGGUCCCAACUGCCAUCUUCUACGGCAGCCGCCAGAUCGGACAAGAGGCGACCGAGGUCUUCUACAGCUUCAAUCGCUUCACAUUUGACACUGAUGCUCAGACUGCACUCAAGUUUCUACACUGUCUCCGCCCCAGCUUCCGACGACGAAUCAAAAACAUUGGUUUCACCCGUCGGUCAACAUGCGCCGACGAUGGUGACUGCACAGAAUUCUGGAACCCUCUAUCCAAUUCCAUUGCUCGCCACAUGUCUCUCCACUCUGUGACUGUCCAAGUGCCCCGGGAUCCUACCCACGGAAUAGACCAUACAAAAGAGGUCAGACAGCCGCCGAAUUCGGAAUGGUAUUGGUGGCCAGCCGCUCGGGGUUUGACAGGAUUGCUCAUGGCUGGAAAUAUACAGGAGCUCAGGAUUGGAUAUUCUGCAACAUUGAAGAUCCAUGCCCCAGAAGAUGAGGUUCGAUACGAGAAGGCUGGCCAGUCCCCGUAUGAGAACCCUCUGGAGGAUUUGGGCUCUAUCUCUUACUUAAGGUAUCCGCGGGUAGCAGAAGAGCUGGACCGAGAAUAUUCGGAGUACAAGGACCUUAGGAGCGCUCUCAAAGAAGGGCGACCGCAUAAGUUUGAUUCCCUCGGUGCCUUGUACGCUUCUCAAGAGAUGAGGCGUGAGAGAUGCGAAUUUGCCGUUGCCCGGGAGGAUGACCCAGUCGGCGAUGUCGGCACUGUUCUUGUGCUCACUCGGCCUACAGCACACCAAGGACACGCACCUGAUUGA